GUAUACAAUCUGCGCCAGAAUGCUGAGCUAGUCCGCAAGGUGAACGCAGGGGAAAUUACCGUGGAUGCCUUGCUGAGGAUGUCGCAUCAGGACCUGGCAGGGACCGCUGUCCUUGCGCGGCGCCAUCGCAUUCAGGCUGAAGCACUCCGCGAUGUG